AUGACUAGCAUAAUCCUGUCAACCGGGAACAUCGUCGCAGGCGGGCCCUCCAUCAUCCGAAAGCCGGGAGCGUACAGAUCAAAUCUCGAAUUCACAAACUCGCUCCGAAGCAGCUUCCUAGCCGCACAACAGGACUACGCAACCGCCUUCAACAACGUCGAUGGCGCUGCUAAUGGCAAUGGCGCCAUUGAAGCACAGGUGAACGGUGACAAGCCGGUCACUGAUGUAUGGACAGAGAAGAUUGGCGACUCGCUAUAUGUGCCGCGCAUUGAUUGGUCUGCAGUCGGCCUGCAGGAGGACAGGGAUUCCUACGAAAUUACGCUGAAGCUUUUCUUCCUGCCUACUGCGCCCGUGUCAGAGAGAUCGAAAUACAUCGAUGCAGCUUUACAGCUGGUCAAGAAAGAGCUUGGGGUGAAAGAUGUUGAUCUGCUCAUUGUUUCAUAUCCAGGCAUCUCAUUUGAAGGCGAUUGCGAAUGGGAAGCAGACAAGAUGAACUCGACCAUGGGUAAUGCCCAGGACGAAGUCGACACUUGGACCGCCCUGGAGACUUUACAUGAGAGAGGCGAAGUAGAAAGGCUGGGCGUGGCCGAGUUUGGCACCGAAAAACUGUCCAACUUUAUCAAGAAAGUUCAAGUCCGCCCCGCAGUUGACCAAAUCAACACGAGGAAUUGCUGCAGCGUGCCACCUCCACUGAUUGACCUGGCAAACAAGGAGAGCAUCGAGCUGUUAACACAUACCGAUUGCACAGACAUCUUACCUAGCGGUACACUACGAGAAUUGCUCGGCCAGGGACUGCAAGGUGCUGGCCUGUUGGCCGAUGAGAGCUCGGACAAAGGGCUCAGGGGCGACUUGACGCCGCAAUGGGUUGUGAAGUAUACAGCCUUUGUGAAAGACCGCGGCGUGAUCGAGAACAAGGGGUAUUUCGCAGGCGCACAGCUCCUUGAGCAAUGA